GCCCAUGUAUUAUUUUCUGGCUAUGCUGGCUGCGACUGAUCUCAGCCUUUCAUGGUCUUCCAUGCCCACCAUGGUCAGCGUCCACUUGUUCAACUGGCGCUCAGUGGCCCUCGAUGCCUGCAUCACUCAAAUGUUCUUUAUCCAUGCCUUUGGGGGAGUGGAAUCAGGUGUGCUGGUGGCCAUGGCUUUUGAUUGUUUUGUGGCAAUUCGCUUUCCUUUGCACUAUGGAGCCAUCACCAAGAGUGGAGCAGCAGUGCUGUUGCGGAGUGUGGGGCUGGUGCUCCCUGUGCCUUUCCUCCUCAAAAGGCUACCUUUCUGCCACUCCAACAUCCUCUCCCAUGCAUACUGCCUCCAUCAGGAUGCCAUGAGGCUUGCCUGCGCUGACACCAGCAUCAACAGCAUCUACGGCUUGCUGGCUGUGAUCUUCGCCAUUGUAUUAGAUGCCUUGAUCCUGUUGGUCUCUUACUUUCUAAUCCUCCAGGCAGUAUUGGGCAUUGCUUCCUCGGAAGAGAGACUCAAGGCUCUCAACACCUGCCUCUCUCAUAUCUGUGCAGUGCUGCUUUUCUAUGUACCUCUUAUUGGCAUGACUCUGAGUCACCGCUUUGGGAAGCAUUUGUCACCAGUAGUACACACGGCCAUGGCCAACAUCUACCUGCUGCUUCCUCCGGUGCUCAAUCCUGUGGUUUACAGUGUUAGGACCAAGCAGAUCCGGCAGCGAAUUGUCCUAGUCUUCCGCAGAGGCAGGGUUGGCUCUUAGGGCUUUUAGGACUUCUGUGCAAAUACAAUCAAGUUGGAGAAGAAUAUCAAACACAGAGCUGUCCAAAAGAAAUUCCUGCAGCAAUGCAAAUGUUCUGAGUCUCUGUUGUUUAAUAGCGUAACCACUAGCCACGCAUGGUUAUUGAAGCACUGGAAUCUUGGCUAGUGCAACCAAGGCACUGAGACUUUAAAUUUUAUUCUAUUCUAAUUAAUUGAAAUGUCAACUUAAAUAGUUACUUGUGCCGAAGACCAGCUAAUGGGUUAUUAUAUGCCAGUGCGCAGUGGUUUUGGUGAAGAAAGAAUUUAUCUGAGAUGGCAUGUUAAAAAGAUGAACAUUUACUUUCUCAAAAUGUUGUCUAACAGCAUUUCAAUAUUUAUAGUUCAUUUUAGUGUGUGGUGCUAUUAAGUUUUCACAGAUGCAUAGUCAUGUUACCACCACUGAAACCAAGAUACAGAAAAAGUAUAUCACUCCCCUAAAUUGCCUCAUGCUGUCCCUUUGCAGUCAACCCCACCACUGUCCAUACCCAACCCCCUAACACGUUCUGAUUUGUUCUACAUGCUCAUAAUUCCUCUUUUUCCAGAGCAUCAUAGUCCCUUCAGCUUGUAGUCUUCCUUGUCUAGUUUCUUAAUACAAGGCAUCUGAGAUUCUCCUACGCUGUGUGUAUGGCCAGUGUAUUCUUUUUCAUCGCUGAGCAGUAUUCCACUGUAUUCAUUAACAACUUAGUCAAGAAAAAUAAACCCUAUAGUCAAGAAAAAUUAUUAGAUAUGGUAUGGAUCAUACCUACUGUGGAGAGAUGGAGUCUGGUAAAAAACAAGGCUGACACUGUAUGUGAGCAUGCAGCUGGGAAUCACGCUGUCUCUGGGACAGACAGAUGGAGGACCAAGUGUUACAAUCACAUUUUCCGAAGCUAUGACUGGAAGCAAUGACCAUAGAAGGUGGUAUGGCCUAUUGGUUAAGAUGAAGAGCUUUAGAGUAAGACAGAUGAGGGCUUGAACACCAGCUCUGUAGCUUGUACAGGUAUUCAAAACCAUUUGAGUUUUAAUUUCCUGCUCUGUGAAAAAAUGGAGAGUAAUACUUAACCCAUAAGCGUGAUGAUAAAUAAAUACAACAAUGCGUUUCAAGGGUGACUUUUGGAAAGUAUUGUGAGCUCAUCAAAUGCUAGUUUGAUUAUGCUGAGAAGGGUGGGUGGGUUGCAGCUGAGACUCAGUGAACAAGCCAGCUUCUUAGGAAAGGUUCCUGGUUAAGAUAAGGACCAUGGGGAGGCAAGGGGGAAGAGGAGGAGGCGCGUUAGGAAGAGUGCAUCCUGGAGCUGAGAACGCAGGGAUGACACUGUACUCUCCCCAUCCUGCUCUGAUGUUCAGGGAGCCUCCCUGGCUGAGAAUCCGUAGCCUAAGGCAAGAUGAAGAAGAAUGGGUGUAGUUGUAUGACCCCAACAGGCAGUUUUUAAAGACAUCCAUUUCUGUCGGCCCCCAGGGCCAGGGCUUUGCCUGGGCCUGGGAGCAGGCUCUGAAGCUCCUUUAGGAAGAUGUGUCUGAGCUGUCAGAGAGGAACAUAAUCUGAUGGGUCCCAUAACUCUUGAUGCAACCAGUGAACUCACUAAUGGAGACAGCCCUCUGUUGCUUGGUGAGUCUACGAAGCUUCCUAUAAAGCUCCCGCUCUGGGGAGCCGGCUUGGUCUCUGCUCUGUGGUGGGAUUCAAGAGAAGUUGGUGGUAUUUCCUGCUGACCUGAGCAGGUAAGAAGAAUGCAUACAUGGGAAGGAACAGAAGGGGAGAGGAUUAAAAAGUGAGAAAUGCCAGGAGAAGGAGGGAAAGGAGAAGAGCAAUGAAAUGACGGAAGCUACAAAUGAGGCAAGAUGAAGAAGCAGGGGGGUGUAAGGGUGCGUGGAAUUGAAAGAGGGAGGUGGAGGAAUGAGGGAAUGGAAGGAAAUGAGAAAAAGAGAUAGAACUCAGAACUCUCCUCUUGUGGCUGAGAUCAUUCAGACACCAGUCAACAUCAAAAGAAGAUGUCUAUUGUUCCGGGUGCUCCCUUUGCAGCUAGCACUGAGAGAAGAAAAUCAGGCACACCCAGCCUUUUAAAGAACUCACAGGCCAGGCAGAAAAAGGAGAUGGUGCCUGCAUAUGUAAAUUUACCAGUAUCAACCAUGCCUCAUGACUGAGUCAAAUGAAAGAUCCAGGCAUAAAGCAGUGCAGGGAUUUAGAAGCUGAUGGGGAAGUUUCAGGUUCACAAUAUGGCCUGAAACUUCUCUCCAGACUGGGGAGAGACCUGAUUUCAGUGCUGAGAAAUGCACAGAAGAUGGGGAUUGGUAAACGAAGAGAAAUGGCCUGGACCUUACUGAUCCAGUAAGUAGGGAUGUCACUUGUGGAUCACUAAGUUAUUGAGUUGGGUGGAUCUUAUCCAAGUCAUUCGAUCUUGCUUUCUGUAUAGGAAUUGAUAGGCAUUAUGUUUUGACAGGCCAGUCAGAUGGAGAACUGAUGCUAUAAAGCUCCAGCCUAUUCUUCUAGUUAGUGGGCAGUACAGAGAGAACCCUGACAAACCCAGGCACUGAAUUUUGCCCCAAAACUAGUUCCACAGUGUAUGGGCUCACUGGAUCCAGAGGGAAAGCCCUCUGCUCCCUUUGCUGUCUACACAGCUGUAUUCCAUAGGAAGCAAGUUCUCCAGGAGCAAAGUGAGCCAACAUAUAUCUCCUCUCCUCCUAACCCCUCGUAUCGUCCAGUAUCAUCUUUGUUCCUUUUGAUAUACAGUUCAAAGGACAGUGUGUUUAUCUCGAUUAUUCUUCCAUUCUAAAACUCCUCUCUAUAUCCACCAACACAGAGAGAUAUAGACAAUACAAAUAUAUGUGGACAUUCACACAUAUUAUUAAACACACAAAACCCCACAAAUAUUCUUCUUUAAAUAAGCCAUAAGGACGUUGUUCUUUUACUGAUUUCUCAUCGCUACACUUCCUCUAUGUUAUAUAGGUUAUACAGUAGAUAUAAACCUUUCUUUUAUUUUAAAAGAAGGAUAUUGCACCACUCUGCUGCUCAAUUUCUCUCAGAAGCCUGGCUUCUGUAGUGGUCAAUGGUUUAAGGAAAAAUAAUGGGUAUUGAAGAUAGUAAACACGUUUGUAAAUUUUGAGUCUGUGUGUGUUUUACCUUUUGCAUACUCUUUUACCUUGGCAGGUUCGUCUCCUUCCUUUAGCACAUGAGAAUAAACAUCUAUAUCAGUUUUCCUAGUACUAUAUAAAAUUAUAUGUUAAAUGGUGCGCAAAUGGUGACACACAUAAAAGACCUUAAUUCUUGUACUUUUCUCUUAACCUACCCUCUGCCUCAUCAACGAAGGACUCUCUCUCUCCUUAGGUUUUCUGUGUCUAGGAAACCAGCUUCCCUCUGGCUCAUCCUUCUCUCCGAGCUUCUACCCUCAAUCUAGAUUAUUUUCCUCCCAUAAGGUCUCUUGUUCUCUGUGAUCUACCUAUCUAUCCAUUCAUCAAUAUAUCUCAUGUAAAUUAGUCUAUUUGAGUUUCUAUUACUGAGAUAACUCUAGAGAAAAAAUGCAAACGAACACAUAUGUUUUAUGCUCCCAGAGAGACAGCAAUUUAAAGAGAGACAAAUACCAUCAAGCAAUCGGACUGUAGUGCUACAAAAAGCACAGAGAAAGAAUGGUGAGAGAGUGCUUGUGUUCCGAGAGGGUCCUAGAUGGUUAUAACAGAGGCAAUUUGCUCUUAGCGUCUGUGUUUAUCACAUUGAGAAGAAGGAAAACAAACAAACAAACAACAGUAAGAGCCUUCUGUUCCCCUGACUGGCUGGCUGGCCGUCCUUUGCUUCCCAGUGCGGUAAAUACGCUGCCCUGGCUUCUCACAUCAUUUAUUCCACUAGGUGAAGAGAAUUUUGAAUCCAAAAACUGUCCUUUACUCCUUUCUGUCUCCUUGGUCGUAAACACAAUAUCUGGCAUUAAAAUAGUCAUGUAGAAUCUGAGUGGUUGAUUUAACUCACCCUGUUUGCAAUACACACCUCAUUUGGAACUAGUUUUCCUGAUUCUUAGUGUUUUUUUCUCAAUCAUGCAAAAUAUACUACUACUAAAUAUUACAGCAUAAAAAGCCGUGAGUCUUUUUUUCCCCUUUGGAGUAACCAGGGACUAUUCUGGUAACUAUCCUCAGCAGACUUGAGGGGGAGGAAAUAGCUAGUAAUUCCUCAUAUUUAUCCUCAUAUAACCACUAGAAGGGUCUGGUACUAGCAAGUUCUGUGUAUUCACCCUAUCACCAGAGCAGAAAGCCUAGACUAAUGGAAAAUAAGAAUAUCAUGGCUGCCUAUUUUCCUUGUUAACUCUUGGUUGAUAACUAAAUGUCCUAAGUAAAAAAUUAAAAUCAGCGCCGACACGAGCAGUCACUGAGUAUGUCCCGAAUAGGACUGGGACGGUUGACUUAGAGAUUCCAGAUUCUGCCUCUGACGACAUCCUGUUUCCUUUGUAACUGUCAUUCUUAGGACUUCUUCACCCCAUGAGAAAGCUGAUAUUCCAGUUUGUGACGUCACCUCAGCCUGCCUGUCCCUGCGUGAUUCCCUUUCAGCCCUUGGUCUCUACUUCCACUCCACUCAUGUUUUUUGCAGGCAUUCACCCCAUUUCCUAAGUGCCGCCCAUAUCUUUUACGUGGGUGUCUUGUUCAGCCUGACCUAGCAGCCCUAGGGGAUGAUGCCUGAAUCAUGCAUUUUAGAAUGCUGUUUGGAAUCUCCCACGGGAUUCAUUAGGGCAAUCUACUCACAGGGGGUUGUCAAAAAGUCCCAUGGCAGAUAGCUCUGGGAAGAAGCAGGAAGAAGGACCCCGAGAGGAAGACGGAGAAAAGGAGAAUGAAGUCUUGUAUUUAAUGAGACUUGGAAAAGCACCCGGAGAAACAGAAUUAGAGCACAAGAUGAAUCUAAGUCCACUGUGCGUGUGGAGUAGGGAAGGGAGGAAUUAGGGAUACUUCCAUCAUAGGAAAAGAACAGAGAAGCCAUGACACCAAAAGGAGACUUCUAAUAGAGUCUUCUAGAAGUGAAUGGAUCAUAAUUAAGUACAAGGAUAUUUCUGGAUGCAAUAUCCAGACUAGCUUCCCAUGAGAACAUUCUGAGGUAUGCUAUCACAGGUACCCAAGGGCUCUUACGAGCAUCUCCAUUAUUUCUAGAGCAACUUAUAUAGCUUGGAGGCUUAAUACAAAGACCCAACGUUUGUAACUGCAGCUGUUAGUUUGGUUGGUGUGUAUAUAUGUGUGUGACAUAAGUCUAUAAGCAUUUCCCAACUUGAGGCCAUGGCUCCUUUGGGCAACAGGGUCAGGGUGAACCUUGAAAGACUGAUGGUUGUAACUGGGAGAGAGCAGGGGAAGAAAACGGGGACCCAGAGAAAUUUGAGAUACUGUAGAAUUAUGCGAUAGGUACUAUAAUUAAACUGGGGGUUUUGAACACAGAGAAUCACUCUGUAAUUUGGGAAGAGUUUAUCAAAGAGUUAGUCCUUGAAAAAAGAAUGAACAUAACAAACACCAUGGGUGUCUCUCUUUUUAGGGUGUGUCCUCCCCCCACGAGGAUGAGUUUCAAUAACACGACAUCCUCGCCCUCCACCUUCCUCCUCACUGCUUUCCCGGGGCUGGAACGUGCUCACGUCUGGAUCUCCAUCCCUGUCUGCUGUCUCUAUAUCGUUGCUCUCUUGGGAAACAGCACAAUCCUGUUUAUCAUCACGGCUGAGCGGCGUCUCCACAAGCCCAUGUACUACUUCCUCUCCAUGCUGUCAGCUGUCGACCUGUGUCUGACCAUCUCCACGCUCCCCACUGUGCUUGGGGUUCUCUGGUUUCACGCCCGGGAGAUCAGCUUUAACGCUUGCUUCAUUCAGAUGUUCUUUGUCCAUGCCUUCUCCUUCCUGGAGUCUUCGGUGCUGGCAGUCAUGGCCUUCGACCGCUUCAUGGCCAUCUGCAACCCUCUGAAAUAUGCCGCCGUCCUCAAAGGCAAAAUGAUCAUGGCGAUUGGACUGGCCAUCUUCCUCCGACAAAUACUGUUCAUCGUUCCUGUGGUUCUCUUCUUAAAGGGUGUGUCUUUCCAGGGAGGCAAGGAGCUUUCUCACCCAUUUUGUUACCACCCAGAUCUAAUCAGAUACACAAUUUCCAGCCCCUGGAUCAGCAGCUUUUUGGGUCUGUUUCUUCAACUCUACUGGACCGGUACUGACUUACUGUUCAUUCUUUUCUCCUAUGUCCUGAUUAUUCGCACCAUUCUGAGCAUCGUGGCCCCAAAGAAGCAGCGGAAAGCUCUCAACACGUGCGUCUGUCACAUCUGCGCUGUCACGGUUUUCUACGUGCCGAUGAUCAGCCUGUCUUUCACACACCGCCUCCUCAGCUCCACCCCAAGGGUGAUCUGUAGCAUUCUGGCCAACGUCUAUUUGCUCGUACCACCUGUGCUGAACCCCAUCAUUUACAGCCUGAAGACCAAGACGAUCCGCCGGGCUCUGCUCCAGCUGCUUCGAUCCAAAAGUGCACGGGGCCGAACCAUGAGGGGCCUUAGAGGAUCGUGGGAUUGAAGGGGAGAAACUGUCGGUGCCUAAACUGCAUUUGAGUAGGAGAGAGAGUUGUAUCCAUGUCAUCCUCAGACAUUUUGGUUACUAAGACAAUUCAAAUUAAAUUAUAACAGCAAGAAAACAAGAAUCAUUUCCCCCUAAGCCUAUUAAAGAGUUCAAACAAACAAAUAAACUAUAAUUCAAAAU